AUGGCAGGAUUAUCUGGGCAAGUCCAAACCCUUCUUGAGAAGGUGCCAUCUCUCUAUCGUGGACCUGGCGGGGCCGUUGCUGUACUGAAGGACGGCGAACUCGUUGGUCAACAUGUCUGGGGCUACGCCAACCUCGAAAAGAGAAUAGCCAUGGAGAUUUCCACACUCAUGCCCAUUUGCUCUAUUACAAAACAAAUGUUGUGUAUGAUUUUGGUGGAUCUUGAACGCAACCCCACUCCAGAGAUGGCGAAACGAGGAGAUGUACGCCACCAGCUAGAAGACGCCCUGAGAGAAAUUGUCCAGGAAGAACUACUUGAAAAUACGGGUCUAAACAUUGAAGAUCUCUGCAACAAUCAGUCUGGGAUUCGCGACUACUGGGCUAUGUCAAUGUUUUGGGGUACUCAGCCGGACGAGGUCUUCACGCUGUCCGAAGAUGCGAAGAAGUCGCUUAGUCUGACGAAGUCGCUGCAUUUCCAGCCAGGCACACAAUAUGCAUACUCAAACCUCAACUUUCACAUUCUGGCCCGCGUUGUCGAGAGAGUUACGGGGUCCCCAAUUGGAGACCUGUUGGCGCAGCGGCUAUUCUCUGCUGCUCGCAUGGAGACUGCGGCGUUUUGCGAAGAUAAUGCAAACCUUCCUGGACCUUGCGUCGGAUAUGAAGGCAACGAGUCAUUCGGCUUUAUACCGGCCGUCAAUCGUAUCCAGUGGUCCGGCGAUGCAGGUGUGGUAGCCUCGCUAGAAGAUAUGAUUGCCUAUGAGCAGUACCUGGACAAGUCCUGGUCUGACGAUUCAAGUCUCUAUCGCACAAUUGCAGAACAGCUUGUGUUUAAGGAUGGAACACCUGCGAGAUAUGGACAUGGCCUAGCCCAUGUGAAAGUCGGAGGUGUCAAUACGAUUGGUCACGGUGGCUCUCUCCGAGGGUUCUGUCUGCAUAGACUCCAAGCAGCAUCUGAAAGAGUGGCUAUUGUGGUUAUGCUAAACCAUGAAAUUGACGCGGAGACUAUAGCUGAGUUCAUUCUGAAGAAUAUUCUCGAUCUGAAUCAACCAAAGUUCCCUACUUCUAAUGACAUCAAAGUCAGUCGAAGGUGGCUUGGAACAUUUUUCGAUCCUGACGCUCAACUAGCUCUCACUGUCCGCGAUGUCGGCCCUAAUAUGCUGAGUAUCCGUUACGCAGACCAUGAUGAAACGGUGGUUCUCUUUGAAGAGAGCAAAGGAUGCUCAGAAACGAUGAUUGCAUCUUUCAGCGAUGAUUCAAUCCAGCUUCAUCGUCAAGAUGACAAUCGAGUCGUUAACGCGAGACGCAUUCUAGCACCCGAGGAGCCGAUCAAGACAGAUUAUGUUGGUCAGUAUCGGUGUACAGAGAUUGAUUCAGUCUUCACCUGUACUGGAACGGGAGGCAUGUUGUAUGGUUCGUUCGAAGGCUUCAUGGGCCACGGGCCAGUGCACUUGAUGCGAUAUCUUGGGGAGGAUAUCUGGUUUCUUACAUGCCCACGGGGCCUGGAUGCUCCGGCGCCCGGCGAUUGGACUGUGGUGUUCAAGCGCGAGGAGACUGGGACAAUUGUCAGUGUUGUGAUGGGUUGCUGGCUGGCAAGGAAUGUCCAAUUCACUAGGCUAUGA